CUUCUUCCAGACAGCCAGGCAGCCCCGAGCCCCUUUGCGCCGGGCGUGCCAGUCUGUCAGUCAGUCAGUCUACUUGCCUACCAACCCUGGCCUGAUCCGGAGCCUGGAGCAGCAGGUGAGGCUCAGAGACGCAAAGGGAUGUCAGAAAUUAUGUCAAUCUCAUCAGACUGGAAAGGGCGCUGAGCCGGCACCGGCACCUGCACCGACACUGGCACCCGCACCACCGCGGCUGGACUCGGAGCUGUCAGCGGAGAGCAGGUGGCUGCUGUCAGCUACUGUCGCUGCCCCCGGUUGGAGGCAGCGCAUCUCGGGGAACUCUCAGUGAGUGUCCGGCUGCAGGAUGGCCUUCAGGGCGAGGGGGACGCGCCUGGGGCUCAGUUUCCCUGCCUGGGGACUCUUGUUUUUGGCCCUUUGGAUGCUGCCGCGGGUCCUAGGGACUGAAGAGAUCCCGGGGAGCCACGAAAACAAUGGCUUCCAGGUUGUCACUUUCGAAUGGCAUCACGUCCAGGACCCCUACAUCAUCGCACUCUGGAUUCUCGUAGCUAGCCUGGCCAAGAUCGUUUUCCACCUAUCUCACAAAGUCACCAGUGUCGUUCCAGAGAGUGCUUUGCUCAUUGUUCUUGGCAUUAUCCUGGGAGGGAUUGUGUGGGCUGCAGACCACCUCGCUUCCUUCACCCUCACACCGAAGGUAUUCUUCUUCUACCUGCUGCCGCCCAUUGUAUUAGAUGCUGGGUAUUUUAUGCCAAACCGCCUGUUCUUUGGAAACCUCGGGACCAUCCUUUUGUACGCUGUUAUCGGGACUGUGUGGAAUGCGGCCACAACUGGCUUAUCACUUUAUGGAGUCUACCUCAGUGGCAUUAUGGGAGAGCUCAAUAUUGGAUUGCUGGACUUCCUCUUGUUUGGCAGUUUGAUAGCUGCAGUGGACCCUGUGGCUGUCCUGGCCGUUUUUGAAGAAGUCCAUGUCAAUGAAGUCCUGUUUAUCAUCGUUUUUGGGGAGUCGCUGCUGAAUGAUGCUGUCACCGUGGUCCUGUAUAAUGUUUUCGACUCUUUUGUGUCACUGGGUGCUGAUCAAGUGACAGGAGUGGACUGUGUAAAAGGCAUAGUGUCUUUCUUUGUGGUGAGCUUGGGAGGCACGCUCAUUGGAAUUAUCUUCGCCUUCCUUCUCUCUCUGGUGACUCGUUUCACCAAACACGUCCGGAUCAUUGAGCCAGGAUUUGUGUUUAUCAUCUCCUACCUGUCCUACCUCACCUCUGAGAUGCUGUCCCUCUCAGCAAUUCUUGCGAUUACUUUCUGUGGUAUAUGCUGUCAAAAAUACGUGAAAGCUAAUAUCUCUGAGCAAUCAGCCACCACAGUGAGGUACACCAUGAAGAUGCUGGCAAGUGGAGCUGAAACAAUCAUCUUUAUGUUCCUGGGAAUCUCUGCUGUAAAUCCAGCCAUCUGGACUUGGAACACAGCAUUCAUACUCCUGACAUUAGUCUUCAUUUCUAUCUACAGAGCCAUUGGUGUGGUCUUACAAACAUGGCUCCUGAACAAGUAUCGGAUGGUCCAGCUGGAGAUAAUAGACCAAGUAGUCAUGUCAUACGGGGGACUCCGGGGGGCUGUUGCUUAUGCCCUGGUCGUUCUUUUGGAUGAAAGUAAAGUGAAGGAGAAAAACCUCUUUGUGAGCACCACCAUCAUUGUGGUGUUCUUUACCGUCAUAUUCCAGGGUCUGACCAUCAAACCCCUGGUACAAUGGCUGAAGGUGAAGAAGAGUGAGCACCGAGAACCGAAGCUCAAUGAAAAGCUUCAUGGCAGAGCUUUCGAUCAUAUUCUCUCUGCCAUUGAAGAUAUAUCUGGACAAAUAGGACACAAUUACUUAAGAGACAAGUGGUCCAAUUUCGAUAGAAAAGUGCUAAGUAAAUUACUGAUGAGAAGAUCAGCCCAAAAAUCCAGAGACCGGAUUCUGAAUGUUUUCCACGAGCUCAACCUGAAGGAUGCUAUUAGCUAUGUGGCUGAGGGAGAGCGAAGAGGGUCUCUGGCAUUUAUCCGUUCACCAAGUACUGACAACAUCGUCAAUGUGGACUUCAGCACCCCUCGUCCAUCUACCGUAGAAGCUUCAGUCUCUUACUUACUGAGAGAAAAUGUCAGCACCGUUUGCUUGGACAUGCAGGCUUUGGAGCAGAGGAGAAAGAGUAUUCGGGAUACAGAGGACAUUGUCACUCACCAUACCCUGCAGCAAUAUCUCUACAAACCCAGACAAGAGUACAAACAUCUCUACAGCCGGCAUGAGUUAACAUCAAAUGAAGAUGAAAAACAAGACAAAGAAAUCUUCCAUAGAACAAUGAGGAAGCGUUUAGAGUCUUUCAAAUCUACCAAACUAGGAAUAAACCAAACCAAAAAGACCGCCAAACUCUACAAGAGAGAGCGCGGCCAAAAGCGGAGAAACAGCAGUGUACCGAAUGGGAAAAUACCGAUGGAAAGCCCAACUCGUGAUUUUGCUUUUAAGGAGAAAGAACUGGAAUUUUCAGACACAGAAGAGACUAAUGAGUAUGACGAUGAUCAGAUGAGUGGUGGGAUUGAAUUUCUAGCCAGUGUUACUCAAGACACAGCCACGGAUUCAACUACAGGUGAGACAGGCUCUGAUGUGCCAUUGACAGGAUAUUCUUCUCCGAGAGAAAAACUGCCUUCCUGGAAACCUGACCAAGCCAACCCCACUUCAGGUCCCCCCGAGAAGCCCCUGCUCCUUCUUCCAGCCUGUCUCCAAAGGCCUUGGACACAGAACUACUCUUCCCUGGACAACAGAGGGGUCAAUACUCUGCCUCCUGCCUCAGAAUACACCAAGCCUUACGAAGGAAAGCCUCCUGAGACCAGCCCCAAGCCCAACUCCAGUCAGAACAAUCCCCUUCCCGUGAGCCCUGGCUAUGGUCCUGACGCCAAGGGGGAGCCGGCGAAGCCCACGCAGGAGCCCCCCAUGGGGCCGAAAGAAGAGCUGGGGGGUCCUGCCCCCAAAGCCCUCCCGGAGAAGAGAACCCUGCUCAACAUGCACGCACACUUGAGGUCAGCGGCGGCGAGGAGAGUUCAGAGUCGCCGCUCUUUCCACAGGCCCAAACCCCUGCGCUACCCUAAACUGCAGAAACUGGCCUCCCUCCCUCAGUCCUGUCACAUCCUCCCGCAUUCUCUGGAACAAGAGGAGACGCAGCUGUGAUCUGAGGGGUGUGUGUGUGUGAAUGUCAUUGGGUAUAAAAAAAGAGGGGGCCGUGGGGACUAGAUCUGGGAAAAUUAGAGAUCCCCAUUGGAAAAAAAAGGGAAAAACCGAAACUCUCAGGUUCCCAAGUCUGGCUGUGUGUUCUGCAGAGAGGCACUUCUCACUAGCAUCCAUCCCUUUCCUCAUUAGCGGGAGAGGGAACACUGGACUCUUCAGGUUAAACACUUCACUGGCAUCGCUUGCCUGGGGCUCGGGUUCAGUCCGGACUCCGCGGGAGUCGUGUGUCCUCUUGCAGGGACUGGAGGAGGGAGGAGCUGCGCAAGAUUGGGGCCACAGCAAUGAACUCCCAAAUCACUGCCCUCUUCAGCUGAGGUUGCUACAGUUGAACCGUGUUGGGUGCUGCCCGGGGGGCAUCCCUGCCCCCACAGCUCAUAAGCAAACGUCGGCCAGAGUUGAGAAGGGUGCGGAGAAGGGAACGUCACAGGGGGAAAGUAGGAACAUGACAGGGAGAGGUCUCACCUCAGCUUUAGGGACAAAACAAAAGUAAAGCUAUUGUCUUCAAGCCACUGCUCGCUCAGCUUUCCUUUGGGAUCUCAGGUCUCCUCUGGAUGAGAUGGAUCAGUGCCUUUUCCUCCAUGGGAAACUCUACAGACAUCCUUUUCCUACUUCUGAUUGUUUUGUGUCAUUGAAUCCUUGAAAAACUCACUUCACUUGGGGGAUUUGAUUCCUCAGUAUUUAACUGAUUUCUCUCAGUGAUGCUGAGAUUGAGCAGUAGAGAACUACCUGAUGAUGAAACAGUCGUGGUCCUCACAGCUAAUUUGUCCAUCCAUCUGAGUGGGACCUCUAAAAGCCUGACUCAGAGACUUCAUUGGCUUCACCUGGGAAAGUCGUCCAUGAAUAGAUUCCUCCUCUGCAGUCUUUGCACACAGUUGAUUCCUCUGCUGUAAUGAACAAGUCAGGAAAAAAAAAAAAGGUUUUGUUCGACCUUUGGUGUUGGUAAUGGUGGGCUUUAUUUAGCUAAUAUUCAAUGAAUAGUUCAAUACAAAUAUGAUUUUUGUUUUCAUUUAAAUAAUAAUAAUAAUUCUUACAUCUUUCCUGAACCUUUUAUCAGAAAGCUCCCUUAGCUGAGUCUGUGAUUAUUAUUAAUUGACCAAUUUUGUGACCGCUUAUGUUCCCAUCUGCUAUUUAUUUUCUUAAUCUUUUUUGCGCAACUCAGUUAGUCUUAUUUCCUCUGUCCCUUUGUGUUGCAUUAUUUAAGUGCCACAAUUUGAUGACUCAGGAAGCAAAAACACUCAAGUACUGUGGAUAAAGAAGCUGAAUAUUAGUAUAUAUGUUUGUAGCUUUUCAAGAUCUUAAGCCUGGCUACUUUGGGGACAGGAAAUCAUAACUGUAGUUUAUGCAGCUUAUGCCCUAUCACAUCUUCUCAACUGAACAAGAGUGGCCUAGAUCAGCCAGAUCUUCCCUAAGAAAUUAAUUCUUUCAGACCCCAAAGCAAGGAACCAUUGCAACAAGUGGUUGCUAAAUAUCCCCUAGUUGUCUGAAAGAGUUAUUAUUAUUAUCUAAUGGGUAAACUUUUUAGGAGGAUUGGCCCUAGGGCCCCAGGAACUUCUCACCUGAUCUUCCAUGUUGGUCUUCUCAGGUGUGCACAUGACUCCUGGCAUGAGCUACCUGUUGAGUAGGUGAGACUGGCCUUACAAGACUUUUUCAGAAUGCACUGGGGUUCUUUGGUUAUGAUGAAAUUUCCCCCCAACAAAUUGUUGUGUAUUUCAUUUGUUUCAACAUAGACUAUUUUGUCUCAAUUACAUAUCUUCAUCUUUUGACACCAAAGUUCCCCACAUUUAGUCAACUCUAGUUGAACAUUGGCUCAAGUGCAGAAGAGUCUCUAGGCUUCAAAGAAAUCAUAGUUCAGCUCCCAGUUUUGCCACUGUGCAUAUUGAGCUAAGUCCUUUGGCCUCUCUAUCUUCUUUUCUACCAAUCAAGUAGAAAUAAGGCCUUCUGUCUCCUCACCUCCUGGCAGCACAUAAAAGUGAAUGAUUAGACUGACUGACUUUGAUAGCUUCAGAUAUUGCAUAAUGACUGAUUUUCCAAACCUCUUCCUGCUACUGUCCCAAACCAGAAGUAAGGGGUCUGAUUUUAUCUUAGUACUGUUUUAAGCUACCUAUUCCCCAAAUGAACGAUUCCUAUUUGGAAUGCAACAGUGAAGAGAAAGGUUAGUUAUAUUUCUGCAAGGGCUCACUGAACACCCCUUAUGACUACUAUUAGGACUGAGGCUGAAGGACUGGCUGCUUCAAGGAUUUUGACAUUUCUCAGGGCCUGAGGAAGCACCUUUCACAGGGUGGUUCACCCGCCUGAGCUUACUGCUUUAAGACACCACCGGAAUAAAGUCAGGCAGCUUGUUAGCUCAAACAGUGGGAAGGACAGUCCUAAGCAGUAGAGGGAGUGGGAGGAAGAAAAGAUCUUAGUGACUGACAAUGUAUGCCUACCAACACCGCAGCACCCUCCCAAAUGGCCCUGGGGUAUAUUCUGGGUGCCAUUUCCCUCCUAUUCUCACGGUGCCAAUAUUGAUGGUUACAAACCUUAUUUUAAAAAUCCAUAACACAUGAUGCCCAACAACCAGUUUGACUGAAUGACUUUUUUCUCUUCCAACAAACUGAUUGAUUUUUACACUGAUUUGACUGAUUAGAUGUGUGAUUUUUGUGCUGUGUGACUGCCAUCAUCACUUUUCCAUAUCCUCUGAGAAGUGGUAGCAUCCAUCUACUUCUUGCCAAAGGGAGCCUGGGUCCAUAGUAGGAGAACUUUCAGGGUGAUCAUUCUAUAGCAUUUCAGAAAUUUGCACUAAAACCGUUCGCUGAACCUCUCUUCUUUCCUCCCCUCCAUGCCCCUAUGCCUCAUGAACAAGGAGAGUCAGUCCUUAAGACGCCCUGAGACACCUCCUCUUUAGGACAUGAUUUUAGGAAAAGCAGAAAGGGAGCAAUCUCCGAAUAACUGUGAUGAUUCUUCAUCCAACUCCAAAUGACUCCUGAAAGGGACUGGGAGUCGUUCACUUUCAAGAGAACAUUAACCUUCCCUGGGUCAACACUUUGUGUUGGGUGGCCCCAAAAUAGUCCUGGUGAAAGGAGGAGGAGCAGAGACCAGAGAUGAAGAGUGAGAUCAGUGUGGGAGAAGAGCUCCCCUCCCGUCCCCUCCCCUCCAGUAGCAAAGAGAAAGGGAACAUUGACCAGUUUGUACACUUAGGAAAUAUACUGUACAUCUUUGAUGUUGGACAUCUUUUGAACACAAAGUUAUACACGGUUCCUUGGUUCAUAUCUGAGUCAAGCAGACUUCAAGCUGCAUUAUUCAAGCUUCUGUUUGGGGGAGAGAUAAUAAGAGACAGACUCUAAUAAUUUUAAAAUGUUUUUAUCAGCAUAAUGUAAGCAACCAAUACUCAAGCCCUUUGAUCAGGAAAAUGAAAUUGAUGAUUGAUCACCUUUGUCUUUUGAUUUGUGAUUCACCUUUUACUAGCAUAUGUUCUCAGAAUAGUCAAAGCAAAGGAAAAGUUAUGAAUAAUUUAUAUUCAUUUAUCAUAGUGUAUACCACUUGCAGAUCACUUGAGUAGCUGAAGACUCCUUGUUUUUUAAUACCCUUACACACAUUUAUUCCAAAUAAAAGAAAAGAUGAAAUUGCCACAAAGGUUGGCUCUUGACUGAUGGAACAGAUACCUUUUUAAAUUCUAUCACUGGGGGACAAGACUGACAACAGCUAAUAGGCAUAUUAGUGUCUUGUUUUUCCUUUUCAUAUAUGGAUUUGCUUUGAUUCAGGAUAUUCAUUUUGACUUAUUAUAUAUUUCAAUGUGUAAUAAAGAGUGGUGUUAUAAUGGGGAAUCUCUUCUAGUGAUCUUUGCAUGUUUUCAAUGGUUCUCCAUAUUUCCCAACCAUCUUUUCAGUCAGCAUGAUGGAAACAGUACAGAAAUCAGACUACAUGUAUGUAACUUAAAAUGCCCUAUUAAAACCAAGCCUGGUAGUCUUGAUUAGCAUAAUGAUCCCCUCAGGUUAAUCAUAUGGUCACCCAGGCCUGUUGAGCAGCAAGGGACCAGUGUUGGUUGGUUCUUGGGACAAUUCCCAAAGCAUAAUGUGACCAGAAAAUGGCUGAUUCUCCCAGUCUGGCAAGACACUCUGAGAGCAACACUGUUUCAGGAUGUUGAGGUGUCACCUAGAGAAUCAUCAUUCCUGUGCAUUGAGAAGUCUCCUAAUGACCUGAAAGAGUUAAUCCAUCUUCCAAAGUGCCUACUCAACUUUCUGGUUGCAACCUAUGUGCUGGAAGACUCAAGCUGACAUAGCCCUUGCACGGGCAAUCUAAAAACAAAGCAACCACUUUUUAAAAAAUGGAUCACAGCACAAAAAAUCAGAUAUUGUCAAUCAUCUGAACAAACAAGUUGGACUGCAGCACACUCUACCCAAUCAUUUUCAGCACAAUCAGCUGUUAAGACAGGAAAAAAAGCUCUUCAGCUGUCCUGUCCCAACCAUACACUACUGCCUCUGGGUGUUGGUCAGCAGAGCUCAGCUGUGACUUGAGAAGACAUUUGUCUAUUGUUUCAUUCAUUCAUUCAACAAAUAUUUACUUGAACUUUUUGUUUUUGUUAUUAUUUUUUUUCUUUGUGGUUUGUCCUUUUGUGGCCAGGCAGAUAAUCUUUUUCAUCUGUGUUUGUGUGAAAUACAGAAGUUACCCAACAAAACUGAGUAGGGAAUAGAAUUUCCAGAUUAGAAUAUUUUCUAUUGAACAAGGAGACCUCAUUUUAUGGAAGGUGUGAUAUUUCUCUUCCCUACAUUUCACAUUCUCAAGAAUGAGUUCAGUAGGUUUUUAGUCUAUUUACACAGUGUUAUGAAUCUUAUUACUGUAGCUAUAUUUGAUAAAUAGCACAUUCUCACCAUUUUUAUCAUUACUGUAAAACGGAAUGUAAAAAACAAAUCUUAUGAAUGUAUAUUCCUUAGGAAAAAAAUGUGUUAUAUAAUUUUUAUUAGGGAAGAAUUUAAAUUUCCUAUUUAUUUAAUACAUACCUUUAGCCUACUUAAUUGUACAAAGAUAAAGUGCACAAAUAUAAGUAAUCAUUGGUUCUUGGUUCUGUAUACUUUGUACCCAGCUUAAUUUUGUUAUGAUGCUCACUCAGUAUGCUGUGAUAUCGAUCUACUAUGGUGAAAAAACAAAAACAAAAACGGGGAAGAGUUUCCUUGGUAUUGAAAUGGAAACUGAGUUGUGAGUUGUUAAGCUGGUUGUGUGGAAUGUUAGUAUGCAGAUGUGUGAUCAAAUUGGAACUUUGUGUGAUCUUAAUGACAAAUAAUUAUGUGCCUUAAUGAGCCUUUCUCCGGAUGCCUUUUGGAGGAUUGGCAGGUAAUUCCUACAUAAGCAGAGGGCUUCAUUCCCAUUACAUGCUGUAAUAUUGCUUGAUCAAUUCUAUGGAAUGUAUUUUCAAAUCACUUUGUGAUGAAAACUUUGUCUAUAAAUUAUGAUUUUGAUGGAAUCACAUUUUCAUUAUAUCAGAUAUAAAGAAAUAUAUG